CCAUAUAGCAAACAAAAUAAACAUAUAGAUAUAAAAGUGAUGAUAGCCACAGUAUCUAGAGGAACUAGGGUCUUGCUGAGAAAGCUAAAGGCCAAUCAAUUUUCCCCAUAACAAUGCUCAACAAAAGAGGAACCACAAAGCUGCCAUCCACACACUGAUUGUUGUCAUAAUUUUCCCUCGAACGUGUCCUGACCAAACCCCAAGUGAGAGGCUUUGAAGUCAGCUUUUGCAGUGGCUGAAACAUGUAAUUAAAACAUCACGUGAUGCACUGGGGCCCAAGUGUUUCAACUUACAUGUGGAAGUAGCAGCUGUAAAACGAUCAAUACUUUUUUUUCAGUGUCACAACCCCAGCGAAAUUACUCAUUUCACUAUCAUCGUUCAGUCUAAUAACAUUCGGAAAGUCCAGAAGAGUUGGAAGAUUGAAUCAUUUUAUCUCUAUUCAAGUUAGCUUGGUGCUUAUCUGGUACACAGCCGGCUCAGUCGGUGAAAGUCCCUUGUGCACAGGCUCUAUUGGUCCCACAACGCGGAAGAUUCUUCAGCUUCAUGCACCACUGAGCAGCCAUCAUAGGAAUGAAUGGGGGCUCUACCUCCUGUACCUGGAGUGCAUGCAGGAAAAUGUUUUGCAUUGUGUGAAUCUUUGACCCUGCCUAUCCUUUGCUUAUCAGGACACAUCAUCAUGGUGUUGCAUCUGAUGGACAGAAACACAGCUAUAAGCUUAAGUAUUUUUUUCUGAUAAACUUGGUAGUGUGAGCAUGUGUCUUUGAGUUUGUAAUCUUUAACAGUCAAAAAAUGCCUGAAUCUUAUACUCCAUAUUGGAUCGAAAUAGCAAGAGAUACGUUUGAGCACAAAUUGGAAAUACACACACAAGCAGGAUGGAGGCCAGAUCUGAGUAAAUUUGCACAAUAGCUGCCUUUGGUUUGAUGGGAAAAUGUCAUUGUUUUUAGAGUCAGUCUACAUCAAAACUCAAACUGUAUGUAAAUCCAGUUCCUGCUUCACAUAGUAAAAACAAGAACCUGUAAGGUGGCUAUGUCUUUCCCUGCUGUAGAUGGAGUUGAUCUGUAUAUAAUAGUCACAGCCACUCCCUGUUUAUUAAUUUGAACACUCAUGAUCCUGUAGGCCAACUGCUGGUUGAUCGAUUAAUAUAGACACAAACGGAGACGGCAUAGCAGCGGAGUGAAAUGAAUUCUGCAUUAAACUGGAAAGCUUCGUGAGGAUGUUGAGAAUAAUUUUGUUAAUUGGAACCGGUAAUAGAACCUAUACUGUCAUGUAAUCCCUGUGGCGCAUGUGCAAGCGGAUCCCUGCAAGCUCAUAAUCAAAUUAAUUAUUUCUGUUUAUAGAUAUUGAUGUGUUUUGCGCUGUAACCAAAGGAUAUCAUCUGUAGAGGAAUAUCAGUGGAAUACAUUUUAUUGGCGCCUUUAAAAUAAUGUGUAUUUUUGUUUGCCUUAGCUGAAACCACAAGUCGGCAAAAUGUUUCAAUCUGCAGCAGUGUUCAAAAGGAUGUAAUUACUCAGUCACGAUACAUUAAUCUUUAAUAGAUAACCAUAAACACACAGGAGAGUUUUUAUAUUACUGGAUUGAUUCAAGCCGGAAAAAGAAGCAAGCAAACCGCAACAAACAACGGGGAUGAACAAUAAAAGUGCAACAAAUUCAGUAUAAUGGUCCUCUUGAGUGCUGAACCAAUAUGUUUGAUAGACACUGCAUUAUGUUUGACAUUUAUAGCUAAUGCAUUUCCAGUUGAGGUUGCAUGUAGAAAGUCCCACUUGAGAUAAUGAUGCCAUGUUGGAUGACAGAGGCCCAAUCAAUCUGAUUCAGUGUCAGCUCUUGAACACUCUAAUGCACAGACCAGAGUGUGAGAUCACAGGCGAUGUCCCAAAACAACAGCCUGAGUCAUCGCUUUCUCUGAGGGAAAAAAAAAAAAACUAAAGUCAUCAGCAUCAGAGUGAAUAUAUUUACAGGCAGACACUGAAUCUGCUUCCUUAAGCAACUGAGGACCAUCUCAGUGAUUGCUUGCUCAGUGAUACUUGCUGCCAAAGUGUUUUCAUGCUCAGACGGACAAUUAAAUUAAGUUUUUAAAAGUAAUUGAACUUUUGGAACUUAUUCCUACCUGCAGUUGACCCUGUAGUCCAAGUUGUGAUAUCUGGACAUUAUGUGCAGGAACAACAUAAGAGAUAUGAAAAAAAUGUGCCAUUGCAGGGUGAUGAUAAAACAUGUGAUAACUAUUUUUUGAGAAACACCUCUUUAUGCUUUUGCAACUUUUUGAGCAGUUGUGAUGUUUCAAUGCACACAUUAAAGAGAUUUGUACAGCUGAAUAGAGUUCAGUGAAAUGUUGUGGUGACAUAUUUUAGUAAUGACGGGAGAUGGAGUAAAUGAUGAAUUCGAGGUCAUCUGCCAAUCAACCCCAUGUCUCUCACACACUGAAGUGAUUUGAUUAAAUUGGACAAUAAGGGCGCAUCAUUUUUGAUGAUGAAAUGUAACAAAAUGGAUUCAACAUUCAUCACCACCAUGAAAUGUUCAUAUAAAUAGCUUCCAUUAAAACCUUUAAAGGAGCAUAGAUAUGGCCAGAAUUUUAGACUUUAGCUUAGCUUUGAAUAAAUAUAAGGAAAAGGGUAAUCAAUUGGCUCUGUACAAAGUUAACAAAACCAGCACCUACUAGCACCUCUAAAACUCGCUUAAUAACAAGUUACAUCUGGUAUGUUAAAUGUGUCCAAGCAUUUUUGAAAAGAUCUCCUGAGUUUAACAGGGAUUUGUCACCAAAACAGGCACUGAACAGGUGAAAAUCCAUCUUGUCAGUGCUAUAAACAAGCUGCAAUAUUAACACUUCUCAAACAUGCUGUAUCUUUUGCAUGGCAUGUUCAUUGCUCACUCAUGCAGUUAUGGAUAAGACUGCAAUAGAUUAAAUCAGCUCUAAUGCAGAACCAUCCAUAAUUAGGGGGAGUGCGUUAUCUGUAAGACCAUCAAACUGCUUACAAGUCCUCUCAAAAACCACACACAGAAAUAGACACACUUAAUAUGAGCAAAACUGUUGCUGCAGACUGCUGCAGAAUUCAAAGUCCCUCCCCUUGAUUUGAUGACUCCAUGAGAGUGAGUAAGAGAGAGAGUCAGGGUGAGGAUGUAGAGGAGUAGUUAUGCACUGGUCCCCACUUCUGAGGGGAGCUUGAACAACAUGCUGUGGAUUCUUUAUACUUCAUCCCUUCAUGAACGCUUUGUGAAGGGCCACUCAUUGCGUGAACAUUGCACAGAAAAAGUAGUGUUUUUUCAGGUGGAGAACACACAUAGUGAAAGAUGUUUUUGCUGAAGCAACCCCUGAAGUGGAGGCUAGAAUUUUCUACAACAAUUUUUAAUUUUUAAGUAAAAGGUAGGCAGGGCCAUUGCACAGUGACAAUGUCCUCCUCUCCGGGUAUCAAGCCGCCGGAGCAUGUGGACAUGAUGUACAUCUCCAUCGAGACAGCUAUUGCUGUUGCCUCUGUGCUGGGAAAUGUGCUGGUGGUGCUGGUUGUGUGUGUGAACCGAGCUCUCCGCAACACCACCUUCUCCUUCAUCGUGUCUCUGGCCGUGGCUGACAUCGCUGUGGGAGUGUUGGUCAUCCCUCUGGCUAUUAUCAUCAGUCUGGGAUUCAGCACUCAGUUCUACACCUGCCUCUUCCUCUCCUGCCUGCUGCUGAUCAUCACCCAGAGCUCCAUCCUCUCCCUGCUGGCCAUCGCCAUCGACCGAUAUCUGCGCGUCAAGAUUCCCACCAGGUACAGCACCAUAGUGACCCAGGGGAGGGCUUAUGUGGCGGUUUGUCUGUGUUGGAUCCUCGCCUUCCUCACUGGAUUGGUUCCAAUGAUUGGCUGGAAUAACCUCGAUGCUCAGAGAAACCUCAGUGUGUCCAGCGACAUUGUCUGUGAAUUCACCACAGUCAUGAGGAUGGACUACAUGGUCUACUUCAAUUUCUUCGGCUGGGUGGUGGUACCACUCUCCAUAAUGAUUGCUCUGUAUGCCGAGAUCUUUAGGGUGAUCCGGCGACAGCUCAACCGGCGCGCUGAAGCAACUUGUGAUAGAGAACGGUACUUCCGGAAGGAGCUGAAGCUGGCCAAAUCGCUGGCCUUGGUGCUCUUCCUCUUCGUUGUGUGCUGGCUGCCGAUACACAUCAUGAACUGCAUCAUUUUCUUCUGCCCGGAGUGUCACGUACCCAAGUUUGCCAUGUACAUCGGCAUUUUCAUGUCCCACGUGAACUCAGCACUCAACCCAUUGGUUUAUGCAUUCAGGAUUAAACGGUUCCGCAUCACGUUGAUCCAGAUCACUCGCCGCUGCAUGUUAUGUAAACCCGCAGAGCCCACUCCGUGUCCAGGCAGCACGCCGGCCCUGACGGAGAAAGUGGACAUGUAAGAGGAGCUGCAGCACAUCUGUUUACAUGGUUUACAGUGAGAAGGUGCAGCAAUGACAAUUAUGGGACUAUGUGAUAUUUGGAAUAUCAACUUUAACAUGCACAACUAAAGCACUUCAUCGAGUCCUGGGACAUGUUCAUUUCUGACCCAUUCAUAUUUCCUCUUAGUUUUUAAGAAUUUGAGCCUGCAAUCAGAGCAAAAUGAUGCCCCCAUCAUUACUAUUCUGUUUUGACUAAAUGCUUCUUUAAUCAAUUCAUAUUGAAUUAUGAUUUAUAUGUCAACAUAAUAAGUGAUACAACAAACAUUUCAUGUUCAAAGAGCUUGUUGGUAAAUUC